AUGUCGGCCACCGCGCGGGCGGCCACCUUGCGGUCUCAGGUGUCGAGUUUGAGAACAGUUGCUUCUCAACGGUCAUCAGUUCAGGCUUUCUCCUACUCGACAUCUCCAACAGCUAGACUCCCCUUUUCAUCUAUUAGCGAACGCGCAACCCGCCCUCUCUCUCAACUGCUUUCCCCAUACGCAGCUCUCCCACUCACCCGAUCCUUCCAUGCUGGCACCCCUCGCUGGCAACAACAAGAACAAAAGAAGGAGAAAGAAUCCGAAGAAGAAAAGAAAGAGGAAAAGGAUGAAGACAAGUCUGAGGAAGAUAAGAAGGAUGCGCCUCCUCCCCCUCACGGAGACAAGUCUCCCUGGCAGGUCUUCCGGGAAACUCUGCAAUCAGAGUUCAAGGCCUCUAAAGAGUGGAACGAGUCCACAAAGGCUCUUGCCUCAUCAGCACAUCAGUUUUCCGAGAAUGAGAACAUCAAGAAGGCUCGUGCCGCUUACGAAGCGGCUCAUGGAGCCGCCACGUCCAAGACCGGAGCUGCGUUGAAGACCACUGGUAAAGCCCUCGGUAAAGGAGCUUCAUGGACGUGGAACACUUCCGUUGUUAAGGGUAUCAGAAAGGGUGUUAACGCGACUGGUUCUGGGAUCGAAAAGGCAACUCGGCCUGUGAGAGAGACUGAAGCUUAUAAGAAUGUCAAGGAUGCUAUUGAUGAUGGCAGCAGCUCUCGUUAUGGUGGUUGGAUUGAGAAGGAGGAGCGCCGUAGGCUCAGGAAACAGCGUGAAGAAAUGGAAAUGAAGGCCGGAAAGCGUAUCGAGCCAAUGGUGGAAGAUCCUGAGGCCGGUACCAACAUUACACUUCACAAGGAUUCUGCUUGGAAAGAGUCUUGGCGUGAAUUCAAGGACUCUAACCCGAUGAUGCAGAAACUCUUCAAUCUGAAGGAAACCUACAACGAGUCUGAGAAUCCUCUGAUCAGCACCGCUCGCAGCAUUUCCGACCGUGUGGCUGGGUUUUUCGCUGAGAAUGAGACCGCCCAGGUCAUCAAGAAAUUCCGGGAGAUGGAUCCCAACUUCCAGAUGGAAGCUUUCUUACGGGAGAUGCGUGAAUACAUCCUUCCUGAAGUGCUGGAUGCUUACGUCAAGGGUGAUGUUGAGACUCUCAAGCUUUGGCUCUCAGACGCCCAGUUCCACGUCUAUGCUGCCCUUGCUCAACAAUACACGACUGCCGGCCUCAAAUCAGAUGGGCGUAUUCUUGAUGUCCGCGGUGUCGAGGUCACCCAUGCGCGCAUGUUGGACCCUGGUGAGAUCCCCGUGUUCGUGGUGACCUGCCGUUCGCAGGAAGUCCAUGUGUACAAGAAUGUCAAGACCGGCGAGCUUGCCGCUGGUAUGGAGGAUAAGGUCCAGCUGGUUACUUACGCCAUCGGUAUGACACGGAUACCUGAAGAUGUCAACAACCCAGAGACCAGAGGAUGGAGAUUGAUCGAGUUGCAGAAGGCUGCUCGUGACUACAUCUAG